CUGGAACUAGCCUCGUACUGGUGCGUUUGGAAAAAGCCCGGGAAGAUGGUUCAAGAUGGCGGUAGUGACGAGAUCCAUAGAAGAAGUCAACAAACUAGCUGAUGCUGCUAGUCUCGUCAAUAGGACAGGCCCUGUACAGGUGCUGCAUUUCUCUGUGAAUCCCAACUCUGAUGAGUACAAACUAUUAGAGCUGCCAAGAAGUAUACUGGAGACCCUUGAUGUUGGAAAUAGUGUGGCUAUAAGAGGGGAUCACCAAGAUGAAGCUGUCUUGUGUUCGGAUAAAGCAACAUUUGAUCUGAGAGUGGCUGAGACUUCUAAUUCUCUGUUGUUAGUACCGCACUGUUCCUUGCCCAAGGAUGAAGAUUUCAAAUCUGAAGUCUCUCCAUUGGUUCACAGAGAGGUUUCUAGUUGUCACACCAUGUACUUUGAAGUAAAACAAUGCAGGCCACGUUUGGAAAAAGUCAAGUAUCUGCUAAAUGAAAAUCCUUACAAGGGAUCAGAAAAUGACCUGAAUCCUGAAGAUCAGUCUGAAGGAUCUCUUACGAACAGGCCAAGUCUGUACUCUCUUUUGGACUUACUUUCCAAAGUGCAAGCAAGUGAAACAGAGCUUCUUGAAGCCUUAAGGAAAAUCGAGGCUCUAGAAAUUGAUGGUGGGUUGCAUUGCUUGCUUAUAGAUCAAAUCAGUUAA